AUGUCCACUCCUACUACCACUCCAGUCGGACCUGGCACAUUGAUCACUGUUAAGGUGACAUAUGAUGACCACACUAGACGCUUCAAGAUUCCGCUGAGAGAUCUUGGAGCUCGUACUUUACCCCAGAAUUUGCGCCAGUUGCUUGGCAUUCCGGCGGAUACCAACGUGAUCUUCGAGCGGUAUUCCGAUAGUGCAGGUUCUUAUGUCCAGCUUGACACCAACAACCCUGCAGUUUUCAAACAACUCUACCGAGCUGCUAAGGCUAAAUUGAAGCUGCGAAUCAAGGCCACUGUCCGCGAGCCCACGACUCAGGCUGGAGUUCCCGAUAGUUCUAGCGAACUGCAUGGACCAGCAAGAUAUAGCUAUCUUGAAACUGUUUUGAGCUCUCCAAUUCCUGCAAAAGCAGUUGAUACAGAGACUAGUGCUACAAUGCCAUCAACAACUUUGCCAGAGAGCGCAGAAAGGUCCACGUUAGACGAGAUUGAGACCCGCCAGUUGCCGAAUACCGAGACAACUGAAUCAAAACCUGCCAGUCAGAGAGAAUUCCUCCUAGGCCCUGACAUCCCUAGUGGUCCGAUCAUUUCUCAAACCUCUCACACCUCUCAUGCCGGAGUGUUCUGCAUUGACUGCAACCACUGUAGCCGUCCUAUCCCAAAUGAGCACUAUCACUGUAACACCUGUGCCGAUGGUGAUUAUGACCUUUGCCCACAAUGCGUUGAUUCCGGCGUUAAUUGCCACGGGGAUGAGCAUUGGUUGGUGAGACGGUUCGUGAAGGAUGGCAUCAUCACUAAUAGCACGACCAAAACUCUUGCGUCCCACAAGAUUCUAACUCAGGAGGAAUCCCAGCCCGAGUUGUCAGCACCAAAAAGUGAGCCUGAACAAGCGGAAGCACCAAUUUUCAGCUCUGAGCGUAUCUGCAACAACUGCCUUAAGGAGUUUGAUGAGGGUAAAAUGGUGUCUUGUGCUGACUGUGAAGACUUUGAUCUCUGUAUAACAUGCGUUCUUGGGCAUAAGCAUGGACAUCACCCAUCACACACCUUUGCGUUGCUGGGUGAUCAUGACGCCGGACUGAAGAAUCUUGUUUUGUCUCGCUGCAAGCCCGGCCGUGGUUAUCACCAUGCAGCUAUAUGUGAUGGCUGUGAGAGCCAUAUCACCGGUGUGCGUCACAAAUGCCUUACAUGCCCCGACUGGGAUUAUUGCUCUGAGUGCCAUCUCUCGGCGUCCCGAACCCACCCUAAACAUCGGUUUGCUCCGCUCUACACCGCUAUCUCCGAGCCCCUGCAGUCCCACGAAGUUCAUUUUGGCGUGUACUGUGAUGGCCCGCUGUGCAAAGAUAAGUUGGGGCCAAGGUUCAUUACUGGCGUUCGUUACAAGUGCUCUGUUUGCAACGACGUAGACUUUUGUGCCAAAUGUGAAGUUCAUCCGGAGAAUUCGCACAACCGCACUCACCCAAUGGUCCUGUUCAAGACGCCAGUGCGCAGCGUCAGCGUGAGCACCGUCCACGAGAAUACCCUCAACAAGCAAACGAACGUUUUGGGCGACCGCGGUCAGAGGUCCGCCUCCACUCAAGCUUCCACUCCGCCCGAGGCCGAAUCAGAAACCCAGUCGUCGCAGACUAUGACUACGGAAGAGGAACAUGCGUUCGAGAAAAGCAAGCCGCGUACUUUCUCAGCUUCAAACACAGAAGAGCAGGCGGCUAAGCCUGAGCAGACUUAUGGCCCGAAUAUCAAUUCUGAAUACCAGGCAUUCUUCCUUGAGGAUACGGUUUCAGACGGUACUGUGAUGCGCCCCGAUCAGGUGUUCCAGCAGACGUGGAAGCUAUACAACCCCGGACCACUUGCGUGGCCUGCUGGAAGCAAUGUCCGUUUCGUUGGCGGCGAUUCCAUGUUUAAUGUGAACACCAACCAACCUAGCAGCCUGGAAGCAGUCACAGCUGCCAUGGAAAGCAACAAAUUGUCUAAGCCACUGGAGGCAGGCCAAGGCGCCCAGUUUACCGUCACCUUAAAAGCACCCAAACGCCUAGGAACUGCCAUCUCGUACUGGCGUAUGAAGCUUGCAGAUGGUACACCCUUCGGACAUAGGUUGUGGUGUGAAGUUCAAGUCCGGGAGGAUUUGAUUGAUGUUGACGAAGCCAAAAAUGUAGAUCUUGACGAGAAGGCGCCCGGGUCUCCUGCGGCCGACAACUCUAACACCUCGGAAAGCCAAAUGGUCUUCCCCAAACUUGACAAGGAAUCACCAUCUGCAAGCACACACGAAGCAGCCGGUGUACCGCCCACUGCACCCUCUGUGAGCAACACAUCUGAUCAUGAUGUUCUCGAUGAUGUGGCCAGCCUGACUUUGGAUGACGAGACCGAGACUGAGGCUGGGUUCCUGACCGACGAGGAAUACGAUAUUCUGGAUGCCAGCGACCAGGAAUUUCUGGACGCCAACUCUUCUCGCCACUAG